AUGCCUUCGGCUUCAAGCUUUAGCAAUUCUCACUUCUCAGAGUCUCAGACUCUCAGUCAACACAAAAAAACCUUAAGGGGCAAGGGCUCUAACCCCCGCCGUGGGUCGUGGCACUCAAGCUCUCAGCCUCUCCUCAUCUCUGACUCAACUCUCACAGUCUCACUCUCUCAAAUCUCAUUCUCAAUCCUCGAUUCCUCUCCUUUCCUGACUCCUAACUCUCCUCUCCUCUCCUCUCCUCUUGAUCUGGUGUGUUGCAGCGUGUCGGACGGCCCCGACCUGUCCUCUCCUGAGUCUCCUCUCCUCUGCUCUGGAUCGGGUGCAUUGCAACGUGCCGGUGCCGGACCUGUCCUCUCAUCUCCUCUGGUGCGUUGGCGCUGCUACUUGAUGGGCCUGCCGAUGCUAUCCCUUUGCUAUCCUCAAACCCAAAAAUUAAGAAUAUCAGAAGAACAGAAGCUGCAGAGGAUGCCAGCGCUUUGGCUUACUCUGAAGGGAUCACUGAACUGCAAAUCCAAGCCUUCGGACGUUCACGAUCCGAGCGGCAGCACUAAGAAAAACAACCCAGGAAAAGGAAAUGGGUGUUCUAAGUCCAUAUCAAAUCUCAAGGGUGCUGUGCAUGGAAAUAGAAAGCGCACGCGACAGAGACAACCACCAAGUUCAAGUCCAAGAUCAAUUGGAAGCAGUGAAAUCCACAACCCCAAACCCAAUGGAGUAGUUCUUAGAAAUAGUUCAUCUGGUGGUGAAGUAAAACAGAAGGGGCUUGGUGAGGGUAUUGUGUCCUCCCCAGUACUUGAGGGUACCUCAAGGCCUGAGACGCCCUGUGGCUGCCCCAGAGCCAGAAGCAGCAGGCCUUCACUGAAACUGGAUCCCUCCUAUCCCAGUACCCCACCCAGAGGGCAUUCUGGGAAGGAAGGGUCUAGCAGUGGCGGCUCUGCAGUUUCCGGUGGCAGAGUGGAUAGUGGCGAUGGUAGUGGCCGCCAGUCGGUGACCCGGAUGGUGGCAGCUCUCCGGACGGAAUGCGAUGCUUCUCCGAAUCUAACCUGCCAGAAGUGUGGAAAGCAGUUGGAAGAGUUUGGAGGCAUCGAUUCGCAUCGUCCCUCCAAGAAUGCUAUAACUGAACUAGUUGAAGGUGAGUCAUCCAGGAGGAUAGUAGAGAUAAUAUGCCGAACAAGCUGGUUCAAAUCCGAGGACAUAACCUACGAGUGGAUCGAUCGGGUAUUGAAGGUUCACAACAGGCAAAACACUCUUGACCAAUUUGAAGAGUACAGAGAAAUGGUGAAGUUAAAAGCCAGCAAACUGGCAACGAAGCACCCACGCUGCUUGGCAGAUGGAAAUGAGCUGCUGAGGUUCUAUGGCACAACCAUAGCGUGCUCGCUCGGCACGAAUGGCUCCUCCAGCCUCUGUAACUUGGAGAACUGCAGUGUGUGCCAAAUUUUAAGACAUGGGUUCUCUGCAAAGAAGGAAUCGAAUGGUGUUUUGGGGGUUUUUACUACCUCCACAUGUGACAGGGCCUUUGAAACCAUUGAACCACUAGAGGAAAACCAGCCUAUGAGGAAAGCUUUAAUGGUGUGCAGAGUAAUUGCGGGGAGGGUUCAUAAGCCUUUGGAGAAUUUUCAAGAGCUGGACAGUCAAUCAGGAUUUGAUUCAUUGGCUGGGAAACUCUGUGAGCAUUCAAAUAUUGAGGAACUCUAUUUGCUAAACCCCAGAGCUCUCCUCCCUUGCUUUGUGGUAAUCUGUGGAGCUGGUUGA